AUGGACUUACCGAAAAGAAACAAUGGAAAUAAACGGUUUUCAUACACAAUUAUAUGUUUGGUGCUCUUCCUGGUAAUAAUGAUGACGAAGAUCGUGUCAUAUACAUGUCAAGACCUAACAGGCAGCAUUAGAAACAAUGGCAUUACCCAAACAGUCUUCUCGAUACCCAUAGAUGAUUUAUGGCCGUGCCGUGGAAAGCCGAAUUGCUACUACCAACAAAAUUCGAAAAGCUGCACGAAAAUGACUCAGUUGAGCAUAAGAUUAAGCAUAACUAAACCGACUGGAUUAAAACCGCCGCCAUUGGUCGCCACCUUGAGUGCAGCGAUGAAGAAAAACAAAUAUGGAUUGUUUAAGGAUCCUUACAACACUAUGGACCAAAACAAACCAUUGCAGUUGGUAUUAUGUGAUGAGCGCUUGAAUAUGCUAGAAUGGGUAAGAUGUUAUUUUUCCCUAUACUAUCAUAGAGCAAACUUAACGGUUUUAUAA